AUACCUGUGUCAUUUGCAUCCGUGACGUUGUAGGUUUCACCGGUGGGGGGCGCCUGAUUUGAAUUUAGUCUCAGGUGAGAUGCAUAAAACAGGUAAGAUGAGAGUCGACGCCACUUCUGCUUCGUUUGUCAUCAGCUUUGAGGUAUUCACAGCAGUGUAAAAUGGGUUCCAAACUCGAGAGUGCAAUGGAGGGGCUAAUUCAAGUGUUCCACUCAUAUUCCUCAAAAGAAGGGGACAAGUACAAGCUGAGCAAAGUUGAGCUGAAGAAUCUAUUGCAGGGUGAACUGAGUGAAUUCCUGGCGGCAUGCAAGGACCCUAUGGUUGUAGAUAAGAUCAUGAGUGAUCUGGAUGAAGACAAAGAUGGCGAAGUGGACUUUAAGGAGUUUGUCGUCUUGGUUGUUGUGCUGACAGUGGCCUGUAACGAGUUCUUUGUAGAGGGCCUGAAUGAAUGAGUUGGGGGGGGGACGGUCUGUGACCAAAUUUCUACUCAUUAUUCCUUGUUAAUAAAACAAACGUAUGCUGUCAUUUGAUUGAAAUGACUCUCUCCUUGACAAAAAGGCAAAUGUUUGAAUAUUCUUGUCACAUAAUGGUCAUUUCUAACAAAGGCUCUUUUCACUGUUGUAAAAUGAUUGCUUCUGGAGAGAAUCCUGCAAUGGACUGUGCAGUUUCAGUGUACUAUUGCACUAGUAGUUAACAUUCUGCUCAGAUCAAUGAAGGUGAUCAUUGCUCUUUCUAAAUGUUACUCAGCUCAUUUGACUUGAAUGCGUGUUACUGGUACAUGUCUUUUACAUGAACUCUGGGCAGUAUGAAUCAAUUGUCUCGGAGUA